UCCCCCCGGCUCCCCACGUCGUCCCUGAGGCUGCAGCCACUGUGAGGAUGCGAGCACUGGCGUGGGGUGGGACAGGAGCUGCUGCGCUCCCAUGGAUGGUGCUGCUGCUGGUGUUGGUGAUGAUGUCAGUGUCCCAAGCAGCCAUCCUGGAAGUAAAUGGAAACCUGAGCUGUAGGUGCGUAAAGACAACUUCAGACUACAUCAGCCCUAAGAGAUACGACAGCAUUGAGUUGAGGCCUGUGGGAAGCACUUGCAGGCGCACGGAAAUCAUCAUUAAACUGAAAUCCUCAGCAAAAGUGUGUGUGAACCCUGAUGCCCCUUGGGUAAAGAAACUGCUGAAGCGCAUUGCCGGCAUGAAGAAAAGAUAAGUUUCCUGCUAAGGAAGUUGGUGUUCGGAAGGGAUGGUGUGUUCUGUCUCGAGACCUCAAGUCAAAUAAAAUUUGGGUUUUUCUUCCCUUGUGUUUUCCCUUGAACUGGA